AUGUCUGAAUCAUCUGCACCCCCCGCCGCCACGACGACCGAGAAACGGCAGCAGCAGCACCCCCACCAAAUGCAGCCACAGGCUGCCAUGAGCGCCGGCGGCGCAAGCAAUACCAGCAACAGCUCUUCCCGUCGCGCCGCAGCUUCGUCCGCGGCCUCGUCCUCCAACUCGGCCAGCCGAGCCACGCCCGCGACGACCCUGAGCGCCCGCAACGCCGCCGCGCAUCUUCCUCCUCCUCCUCCUCCGCAGCAGCAGCAGCAGGGCCACCCGCCGCCGCCGCCGCCGCCGCCGCCGCCACUCCUCGAGACGCUGCCGUCCGCGGAGACGCAGCGGCACAUUGCCGAGGCCCGCGCCGCCGUGGUCGCGUCCAUGGGCAACAUGCUCGACACGGAGCUGCAGGGCCGCGCGGCCGUCCUGCACGAAAACGCGGGCGCGCUGGACAAGCAGGAGCGGGACGUGCUGGCGGCGACCGAUGCCCUGCGCCGGGAGCGCGAGAAGCUGGCGCGCGAGGCCGACGCUGCGGCGCGCCGGCUCAAGGAGGUGGGCAACGUGCAGAACUGGGCCGAGGUGCUGGAGCGCAACUUUCUGGUGCUGGAGGAGACGGUGCGGCUGGCGACUGGUGGUGGUGGCGACAGCGACGGGUACGGGUCAUGGUCCUCCCGGUCGAGGUCGGGGAGCGUGUGCAGCUGCAGCGACUGCGGGCGGACGCUGGACGGAGGGAUGGGGGGUGAGGGAGAGGGGAUGGAGGAUGGGGGCAAGAUGGAUGUGGAUGGUGGUGAUGGAAAGGAAGAGCGCGUGGAGGACAAGGGCAAGGGGAAAGAGGUCGAUGUGGCCAUGGACGGCCUGGAGGUCAUGUCGGAGGCGAGUCGGAGCUUCUUCGAUGGAGAGUCGAGCACUGCGGAUGGUACCGGCAGGGCCAAAAACUCGGAGACGGCGUCGCUAUCGACAUCAUGUUGA